AUGAAGUACUACGUCUACUACCUCGCCCCUACAACCGAGAUCCCAGACUGGCACUAUGGCUACUACUCCAUGAGCCUUACUACCGAAGAACUCCCGGAUAUCCGCGAUUUCCAGCCAAAGUGGAUCUACGACGAUGGGGACAAUUCCUACAUUGAGGUUCAGGGGACUCACCUCUGGAGGAAUAUCGAAUAG